AUGCCAACAAUCACCAACCUCCGAUUCGAACACUACCACGCCCCAAACACCCUGGGCGUGCAAGAAACCCGCCCCCGACUCUCCUGGCGCUUCCAAAAUGCCCCAGCCAGUUUCCAACAGGCAGGGUAUGAGGUCGAGCUCUCGCAGCAGAUAUUCUCUUCUAACUCCACCUCAACCUCUACAUUUCGCGUGAACUCGCCCUCUGCACGACUUGUCCCAUGGCCAGACCCUCAACCUCUCCAAUCCCGACAAAGGAUCUCAGCCCGCGUCCGCGCAUGGGAUGCCACCGGAGAAAGCACGGCCUGGAGUGACCCAGCGAGCCUGGAAGCUGGUCUCCUCUCCCGCUCCGAGUGGCAAUGCGAUCGCAUCGCUGCCCCCUGGGGACCUGGUACGUUAGCUGCAGACCCCGAGCAACUGUACCGCAAGGAGUUCUCAGCCUCGGCUCCGGUGGCACAGGCAAGACUGUACAUCACGGCUCAGGGUGUCUAUGAAGCGGACAUAAACGGACACCGCGUGGGCGACCAUUUCCUGGCGCCUGGCUGGACGACCUACGAUUCUCGACUGCAGUACCAGACGUACGACGUCACGGAGUUUCUUUCCACGGGAACAAACUGCAUCGGGGUGCGUGUUGCCGAGGGGUGGUUUUCGGGGCGUAUUGGGUUUGAAGGCGGACAUCGGAAUAUCUGGGGUCCGCAUACGGCGUUGCUGGCGCAAUUGGAGAUCGUGUACGCAGACGGGGAUGUGGAACGCGUCGUCACGGAUGGGUCGUGGACUGUGACGAAGGGUCCAAUUCAGAAGGGGGAGAUCUACGAUGGUGAGAAGUACGAUGCUCGGCUGGAGAUUGAGAAGUGGUCGUCUGUUGGGUGUGUGGAUGGGAAGUGGGAGGCGGUUCUUCGAAUGGACCCCUUGCCGGAGGUCGUGGAGCUGACCGCUGGGUAUGGGGAGCCUGUGAGGCGGAUUGAGGUCCUCAGUCCGGUGAAGAAGCUGGUCACUCCGUCUGGCAAGCUGGUGUUGGACUUUGGACAGAAUCUGGUUGGGUAUGUCCGACUGAGGAAUAUCAGGGGCCCGCGUGGCCAUCGCAUCACGCUGUCUCAUGCGGAGGUCUUGGAGAAGGAGGAGCUCUGUACGAGGCCGUUGCGCAUCUGUCAAGCGGUGGACGAGUAUACGCUGCGAGGAGAUCCAACUGGGGAAGAGUACGAGCCUCGCUUUACAUUCCAUGGCUUUCGAUACGCCCAGGUCGAUGGCUGGACGAGCGAUAUUGACCUGGAAGCCUCCGCAGAGGCCGUGGUCUGCCAUACCGACAUGAAGCCAUCCGGGUCCUUUUCCUGCUCCGAUCCCCUGCUCAACAAGCUAUACCAAAACAUCGAAUGGGGCAUGCGAGGCAAUUUCCUAUCCGUCCCCACAGACUGUCCCCAGCGUGACGAGCGACUCGGAUGGUCCGGCGACCUGGCCUUGUUCGCUCCCACUGCAACCCUCAUCUACGACUGUUUCGGCAUGCUACGCAACUGGCUGAUCGACGUCGAGCACGAUCAGAAAGUCCUCGACGGUGUCCCAGCAAUGGUGACUCCGAACGCAACCCUCCCUGACCCGAUCUGGUGUCGUCGCCAACCCUGCGCCAUCUGGCACGACGUGACGAUCCUCGCCCCGUGGGCUUUAUACCAGGAGACCGGAGACAAGAACAUUCUCCGCCAGCAAUACGACAGCAUGACGACGUGGAUGGAGACCCUUCCGCGCAACAAAACCGGCGCCACGCAUCUCUGGGACACCAGCAUCUUCCAACUCGGCGACUGGCUCGACCCAGCUGCACCGCCCUCCGCGCCGUGGAAAGGCCUCACCGACGCCAAAAUGGUCUCCAACGCCUUCCUCAUCCACAGCCUGGACCUGAUCUCCCUCAUCUCCAGCAUCCUCGACCACCCCACCGCCGCAAAAGACUACUCCAACGACGCCACACUCGCGCGCGAACAAUUCCAAUCCGAAUACGUAACUCCCAACGGACGAAUCGCCUCCGACUCACAAGCCGCCUACACCCUCGCCAUAACCUUCGACCUGUUGACACCCGCCCAAAGGAUCCGCGCAGGAUCCCGGCUCGUCGAACUCGUCCGCAAGAAUAACUUCCACAUCGGCACGGGGUUCGCGGGGACGCCGUUUCUCUGCGAGGCGCUGCUUCGUACGGGCCAUGUGCAGGUUGCAUAUGCCAUGUUGACGGAGAAAACGUGUCCGUCGUGGUUGUAUCCUGUGACGAUGGGUGCUACGACAGUCUGGGAGCGGUGGGAUAGUAUGCUUCCUGAUGGAUCGAUUAAUCCUGGUGAGAUGACGUCGUUUAAUCAUUAUGCGUUUGGAGCGAUUGCGAGGUUCUUGUAUGAGAGGGUGGCGGGGUUGGAGAGGGUUGAGGCGGGAUGGAAGCGGUGCCGUGUAAGGCCGGCAAUUGGGGGUGAUAUUAGGAGUGCGAGGGCACAGCAUGAGACGCCGUUUGGGGUGGUUUCGUGUGCGUGCGAGACGAGAAAGGGGGAUGGGGUGGAGGACAGGGUUGAGAUUGAAGUUUGUGUGCCGUAUGGGGUUGUGUGUGAGGUGGUGAUUCCGGAGGGAGAGGGAGAGAGAACGGAGGUGGUGGGCGCUGGAGAGUGGCAGUUUCACGGUGUCUUCAGGAGGGAUUAUGAGUGGCCUGUGAAGCCGCUGCCGCCGAAGUCUUAG